AUGAAGCGUUCGCUGGACGCCAUGGAGGCGAAGCCCGUGUUCCUCACAAAGGAGGAGCGCCAGCGCCUCGCCCUCGAGCGCCGCCAGGCCGCCGUCGCCGACCAGCGCCGCUCCGCGCUCGACAUCCUGCAGUCGCUCCCCCGGGGCGGCGCUCAGCAAACUCCCCCGUCGGGGGCACCUCGGGACUCCUCCGCCUCGUCCCACCGCGACACCUCCGACCGGGACCGCGACCGCGACCGGGACCGGGACCGCCGCCGCGACGACGACUCCCGCCGAGACCGAGAUCGGGAUCGCGACAGGGACCGUGACCGGGACGAGCCUUCCCGCCGGGACAGGGACCGGGACCGCGACCGCGAGCGCGAGCGCGACAGGGAGCACCGGGACAGGGAGCGCGGGGAGCGGGAGAAGGACCGGGAGAAGGACCGGCUGGAGAAGAUGGCCGAGCGGGAGCGGGAGAAGGAGCUGGAGGCCAUCAAGGAGCAGUACCUGGGGUCCAAGAAGCCCAAGAAGCGGGUCAUCAAGCCCUCGGAGAAGUUCCGCUUCUCCUUCGACUGGGAGAACACCGAGGACACCAGCCGCGACAUGAACGCGCUCUACCAGACCCCGCACGAGGCCCGCCUGCUCUACGGCCGCGGCUUCCUCGCCGGGAUCGACCGCCGCGAGCAGAAGAAGGCGGCCGCCGUGUUCGAGAAGGAGACCCGCGCCGAGCAGCGCCGCAAGUUCGGGGUGGAGGACCGCCCCGAGGACGACGUCGCGGAUAAGAAGAAGGCUGCUGCCGCCGAGAUGUACGACGCCUUUGACAUGCGGGUGGACAGGCACUGGUCCGAGAAGGGCAUCGAGGAGAUGACGGAGCGGGACUGGCGUAUCUUCCGCGAGGACUUCAAUAUCUCCUACAAGGGAUCCCGCAUACCCCGCCCGAUGCGCAACUGGCCCGAGAGCAAGCUUGGGAGCGAGCUGCUCCGUGCGAUUGAGAAGGUUGGGUACAAGAAACCGUCACCCAUCCAGAUGGCUGCCAUUCCGCUUGGUCUCCAGCAGCGUGAUGUCAUUGGUAUUGCCGAGACGGGUUCUGGCAAGACUGCAGCCUUUGUGCUCCCUAUGCUGUCAUACAUUACCCGCUUGCCGCCCAUCAGCGAGGAGAAUGAGGCCGAGGGUCCUUAUGCUGUUGUCAUGGCACCUACUCGGGAGCUUGCUCAACAGAUUGAGGAAGAGACUGUCAAAUUCGCAACCUACCUAGGCAUUAAGGUUGUCUCCAUUGUUGGUGGUCAGUCGAUUGAGGAGCAAGGCUUCAAGAUUAGGCAGGGCUGUGAAGUUGUGAUUGCAACGCCUGGUCGGCUUCUUGAUUGUUUGGAGAGAAGGUAUGCUGUGCUCAACCAGUGCAAUUAUGUUGUGCUUGAUGAGGCUGAUAGAAUGAUUGAUAUGGGCUUCGAGCCACAGGUUGUUGGUGUACUUGAUGCCAUGCCAUCAAGUAAUUUGAAACCUGAGAAUGAGGAAGAGGAACUGGAUGAGAAGAGGAUUUACAGGACUACUUAUAUGUUCAGCGCCACCAUGCCACCUGCUGUUGAACGCCUUGCUAGAAAGUACCUCAGGAACCCUGUCGUCGUCACAAUUGGCACAGCUGGCAAGGCCACAGAUCUGAUUACCCAGAACGUGAUCAUGGUGAAGGAGUCAGAGAAGAUGUCACGACUCCAGAAGAUACUCACAGAUCUUGGGGACAAGACAGCCAUAGUAUUCUGCAAUACAAAGAAGUCAGCGGAUAAUCGUUCUAAAGAUCUCGACAAGGCAGGCUUCCGCGUCACAGCCCUUCAUGGAGGGAAGUCACAAGAUCAGAGGGAAAUCAGUCUUGAUGGAUUUAGGAACCGCCGGUUCAAUGUUCUUGUGGCAACUGAUGUUGCGGGGCGUGGUAUUGAUAUUCCUGAUGUUGCUCAUGUGAUCAAUUAUGAGAUGCCUAGUUCAGUUGAUACCUACACACAUCGUAUCGGAAGAACAGGGCGUGCAGGAAAGAAGGGACUUGCGACUUCAUUCUUAACUCUGGAAAACACUGAUAUUUUCUAUGAUCUGAAACAGAUGCUUAUACAGAGCAAUAGUCCUGUGCCACCAGAACUUGCAAGGCACGAGGCCUCCAAGUUUAAGCCAGGAUCAGUCCCUGAUAGACCUCCAAGGCGAAAUGACACAGUGUUUGCAUCUCACUGAAGCAAUCUGCCGAAAAAGAGCUGACGAUCCUUCUUUAAUAUUGUGAGGGGAACUUCCAUUAGAAUGUGAGGGGUCUAGAUUAGUUCUUAUGAGGUUGAACAAUCCCAGUGCAUUUUAUUACAGCCAUCUCAUUGCUUCGGAUUCAUUUUCCAUCAAUUUGCAGAGAGCAAAUGUUGAAUUUGAUCUUCAUUGUGGAUAUUUAUGUGGUUCUUUCAGCAUUUUAAGUCCAAAGAGGUGCCUGUUACUUUCCUUGUUUUUUGUUGUUUAUUUCAGUAUUCAAUUCUAUAGCUAUCUAUUGUUUUCUAUGCUUUAAAAGGAAGGACUUGAAAUGACCCAGUUACUGCUUUGAGAUAAUAUCCCAUGGUGAAAAUGAAAUGCGUGCUUUAGAUUCGAUUUCUGGUAUAUGCUUAUUUCAUAAUAGAUGGGAAGUCCUUUUGUUUAGCUCAUCGUCCGAGUUAUAAACAACGGCCAUAAAGGGUAGGUACUGAAGCCUGUUGAAUAAUUAUAGCAUUAGAUCAGUUUGGUCUAUGAUAGAACUAGAAGUAUACCUAUGCAAUUCUGUGUUGGUUCUGUGAAUUGAAUCAUUAAGACGGAUUACUCUUAAUGGUUUAUCCAGCUAGAGUUGGGUAUUUAUAUGUAGUAGUCAUAUGAUACCCGAUUAAUAAGAUAUUUGAUCUUGCUCUGUUUUGUAUUUUGUGUUUGUUAUUGCUGAGUUGAUAAUGUAUGUGUCACAGUGUGUAGUGUAUAUAUCUGGUUAAAAAGAUAGUGAUUUUUCAGAGCAAAAAUUUAAGUCCCAUCUUAUAGAGUUGUGGCUUUAUGAAUAGUUGACCCAGUUGGCCAUUUACAAGUCCUUUACAAUCACAGUUGUACUACUGAAACCAAUAAGUUUUAGCUGGGUAUCCUUAUUUGUUUUGUGUAGAUCUGAUGUAAAAUUGCGAAUAUUUUAUCAAGAUCAUAGGUUUUUAUGUGGUUGGAUCAGAUAUUCCUGGAUGUGGCCAUGUGCUUCUGGUUGUGAGAUUAAACUGUGAUCUCAACUUCUAUGGUAAGGUAGGUACAUUCAUAAACGUUAGUAAGUAUGUUUGCAUUGAGCAUCAACAAUGAAAGGAUGGCAUAACUAAUAGACGUAUUUAAUCUAUUUGUUAGACUAGUUUUUCAUUUUUGUAUCUAUCGAUGGACUCGGGUUUAUCCACCUCUUUGUUACCAAAAUGCACCUUACCAAUUUUUUGUCAUGGCCAAAAAAUUAUUGUUUGUGUGAAUAGUUGCCAACAUUUUGGCAUGUUCCUUUACCAACUCUAGUUCAUUUUUCUAGCGAAUGUUGGCCAACUCAUUGGCAACCAAAGCAUCAACCAAAAUUUUGGCUAGCCAAAUCUUUGGUAGGGCAAACUUGGUAAGGUGUAUUUUGGUCACAACCAUAAGACACCCUAGAAACCCUGAAGCCCCAUCCCAUUGCUGCUUCAUAUUCUCCACUAUCUUGGUUAGCACCUUGCUACCCCCAUUCCUGCUUCGUAUUCUCCACUAUCCUGGUUACCUUGCCACCCCCAUCCAGGCCAUGAGAUUUGGUGGCCAUUUUGAGGAACAGUGAUCGCCUGUCAUAGGAAUGGAAUCUUUGCAGUGGCAUAUGUAAAAUUAUAGUCGCAGUUGCGUAGGCAUUUGUUGAUCAACAUGUUCCAAGUAAUAUCCUAAAAUCAUGCUUUGUGAUGUUGACUUUUGUCAAUCAUCACUGGUGGGCCACAUAGGGCACAUCUGGUGUGCCAGUGGGACGCUGCUUGUUUAAGGUGCUGAAAAUGGUCAGUGUGUAGAUCCAUAUAAAUUUAUCUGCCAUCACAGUUCUCUAAAUAUAUAUUUUCAUGCCUGUAGGUUCAGUCUGUAUGAUUCUAUCAAAUGUCUAGUUUUUGUUGCAGUUCAUCUUGGACGUCAUAUCUAAGUCGGCACCUUGUGACUAUGGAAUUGUUGUUGUUUUGUACCCUUUGUAUGAUGAAUGAAAUUGCAAGUGGCAUUCUUGUCUGUGGUGUGUUAAAAAUGUGGGGUUGACUGUUGA